AUGUUAAAAUGGAAUGCUGGGAUUUCUCUGCAGCAGCCAGCAUCAUCAUUUAAUCAACAUGUUUUGUCAGAAUUUCUGAAGAUCGGACCAAAGAUUCUGGGGGCUUUUGAAAUAUCAGUAGGUGUAUUGCUGUUCGUCUUAACAAUCUGGGCAAGGUUUUUUUACCUUCUCUGGUCACCUCUUAUUACUAUUUUAACCGGAGCUGUAAUGGUCUCAGCUGCACGCACACACAACAUUUGUCGAGUCAGAGCCUCACAAUUUCUGAACUGUUUCAUCGUUGUAACGUCAGCUAUCUCCAUCCUCUUUCAUUUCAUUGACACUAAUGGCAUAACAACCAUUGUAUUGGUGGUUUGUGACCUUCUGAUCUUCGUCUUCUCUGUGACUGUUGUCUCAUCCUCCUGUGAGUGCUGCAGGACAAAGUCCAGACAUGUUGCAGUCAGUUAUGUAAACACGGCUGUCCCUAACGUAACUGUCAACAAUACUGAGGUUCUCAGCCAACACGACCCUUACGCACCUCCACCAAGCUAUAGUGUUACCCCAUCUGCACUUCCACCAGACUACAGUACUCUUCCUUCUGCACCGCCACCAAACUAUAAGGUAAUACAUUUAGAGAAAAUAUAAAACAAGGGGCCAUGGGUGCUAAUCAACCUAUAUUAAAUAAUGGUUUUGGUAUAUUAAAUGUUGUAAAAUUAUGUUUGUUGUAAGAUAAUGAAAAUACAAAGCAUUUAUACAAAGACCAUUACAAGCCCCUGUUCCUUCUGUUGAGAGAUAAGUACGAGACAACCAGAAGACAAACCAGACCUCAUCCAGAAAUCAUCUAAUGUCUGACCUGAGAAAUAUCCUUACAUGCCUGUAUAGUGUGUGAUAUUUAUAUGCUCCAGCAGAGGGCACAAAUGAGCUGAAAAAACAACGCAAUCUUCUCACACACAUUUGUGCUGUAAUGUAUAAUAAAUAUUCUGUUUUGUACCUGCACAUUAUUUCACACACGUACCAAUGUUAACAAGUAAACAAUCAUGACUUGAAUUGUCAUCUGCAAUUUUGUCUCUCUGCAAAAGCCUUUCAUCCAAAUACAGGCAACUCAGCCAGAGCAUCAUA